AAAUAUUAACAAACACACGCGUUCGGCGGGCCCACACCACCCAGCUGUGUGGCUGCGAGGCCGCAUGCACGGCCUCCCCCUACCCGGCCGUGCCGGGCAAAAUUAAGAGACAUGCGCGCGGCAUGCAUGCAAAAGAUACCCCGCGCGUCUCGUAGCGUAGGCCUCUCCGCCCACGCCCACCGGUCGAGCCACCCCAACCAAAGAUCACUGCAGGCCGGUUCCUCGAUCGACCGGCACCGGAUCUGAUCUGAUCUGAUGGCGGGGCUCCUCCUCCUCGCCGUCGACGUCGCGGCCCUGGCGGUGGUCCUGCUCACCGCCCCCGCCUCCCCGUUCUCGCUGCACGGCCACUUCUCCGCCGGCGGCAGCGUCCGGACGCAGCACCACCAGCAGCAGGCAGACGCGGCGGACCACGGCGGCGAGCACCACGUCCCCGCCGACGGCGCCCUGGCGCACGAGUUCCUGGAGGCGCACAACCGGCUGCGCGCCAAGUACGGCGUCCCGCCGCUGCGCUGGAGCAGCAAGCUGGCCCGGUACGCGCGCCGGUGGUCGUCGAUGCGCCGCUUCGACUGCGUCAUGAUGCACUCCCCCGCCUCGCCCUACGGCGAGAACGUCUUCUGGGGCUCCGGCAGCGACUGGCGCGCCGCCGACGCCGUCGCCAAGUGGGCCACCGAGGCCUCCUACUUCGACUGGCGCGCGCAGGCGUGCCACCCGGGCCAGGUCUGCGGGCACUUCACGCAGCUCGUCUGGAACGACACCGAGUACGUCGGGUGCGGCAGGUCCGAGUGCUUAACCGGCGGGGUGUUCAUCACCUGCUCCUACGACCCGCCGGGGAACUGGAAGGGGGAGGUGCCGCUCACCUAAUUAAUAAGCAUCGCGUCGGCAUCGUCCAUCCAUGGGGACAGGUAGCUAGCGCUGCUGGUCCGAGAGCGACCAUUAUUACACUGCGCUAUUGUUGCUAACAUACUUGUUACUGCUGCUAUUGCUAUUCGAUCAUGCUCGAAUUUGGACUUGAUAUAUAUACUGUAUAUUUGAGUAAAUGUACAUGCAUGCUAAAUUUGAUCGAGAUUCUUCUUUAAUUUCCUCGGAAACAGAAAAUGAUCUACCUCUUCGUUCCAGCUAGAUACAGUACUAUUGAUUGGGUGAACUUCAAUUUGUUGUUGUCGUGCACACCAAAACUGAGAAAGAAAGGCCUCCCCCGCCGUUGUUGCUGGCUGGACACUGAUACAUUGAUGGGCUUUCUGUUUGAUAGGCCUCUUUCUUGCGGGCCAUUUCGUCUCGGCCCUUUCAAGCGAGGGUGGAAUCCUCCGGGGUACUCCUAGGAUCCUAGCAGAACUCUGGUCUCUCCUCCUCCUCCUCUUCUUUUUUUCUUUUUUUUGAGGGGGGUCUCUCCUGUUCUUUUUUAACCUUCUCCCAUUAAUAUCAAAUCAGUUUAUUUCACAGAGUUCCAUUAUGGUUAAUGGUUGGCUUUGAGGUUUCUUGUGAGCACAAGCAUCUCAAGUAGUUCAGUCUUAUAGAUCUUUUUUGUUGCCUGAAUAUGAUCCUUUUAUAUAUUUUUCUUAGGUCAGUUCGUUUGGGCUUUCAGUUCAGCAACACAGAUGGCAUUGUGUG